CUUUCACAGGCUUUUAUUCUGUGAGGUGGACACAUCAGAUCCAUCAGGUACGCACUGCGUUAACAACUAUUACUUUUCUUUUGUUCCCGGUUAAGUCUGGGAAGAUGGCUCUGCGGAUUCCCAGAGACCUUUGGACAGCAGCUCUGAUGGUGCCUCUGGUGGUGCUGAGCAUCCCGGUGGCAGAGGGUAGAGACUCUCCACAGGAUUUCGUGUACCAGUGGAAGAGCCAGUGCUACUUCACCAACGGGACGGAGCGGGUGCGGUUUUUGGCCAGAGUCAUCUACAACCAGGAGGAGUUCGUGCGCUUCGACAGCGACGUGGGGCAGUUCCGGGCGGUGACCGAGCUGGGGCGGCCGGACGCCGAGUACUGGAACGGGCAGGAGGACGUCAUGGAGCAGAAGCGGGCCGUAGUGGACACGGUGUGCAGACACAACUACCAGGUGGAGGCCGGCUUCACCUGGCAGCGGCGAGUGGAACCUAUAGUGACCAUCUCCCCAUCCAGGACAGAGGCUCUCAACCACCACAACCUGCUGGUCUGCUCGGUGACAGAUUUCUAUCCAGGCCAGAUCAAAGUUCGGUGGUUCCGGAAUGACCAGGAGGAGACGGCUGGUGUUGUGUCCACCCCCCUUAUUAGGAACGGGGACUGGACCUUCCAGAUCCUUGUCAUGCUGGAAAUGACUCCCCAGCGAGGAGAUGUGUACACAUGUCUCGUGGAGCACCCCAGCCUCCGGAGCCCCAUCUCAGUGGAGUGGCGGGCACAGUCUGAAUCUGCCCAGAGCAAGAUGCUGAGUGGCAUCGGGGGCUUUGUGCUGGGGCUGAUCUUCCUGGGGCUGGGCCUUGUCAUCCGUCACAGGAGCCAGAAGGCACCUCGUGGGCCUCCACCAGCAGGGCUCCUGCACUGACCCCUGAGGACCCCGACUGGGUUGCCUUCCUCCCUUCUGUGAAGCCUGCUGCCCUUGCCCGGAAUCCCCACCUGCCAGUGCCAGUUUGUCCCCCUUUGAGAUCAGAGUCCUCCAGUGACUCUGCUGCAGUCACCAGUCAUCUGUUCCCUCCUGUGACCCCCGCCCCGAGGACAUGGCUGACGCUGCACCCUGCACUGACCCUGGAUCCUCCACCUGAGCGCUGUAUGCAGCGUCUGCCCAGGCCCUAAGGGGAUUUUCUGUUUCUGUUUUCCCCACUGACUGGAGAGAAUGGAAGCUAUUUUCCUGACUGUAGAGCUUUUAUCAUAAUUAAAUACGAUUGUGAGUUAUCUGUA